CCUGUGGUGUCAUAUGAGUUCUGUCAAACGUAGUGAAAGCGUCAAAAGUGACAAUUACUCAACAAAAAUAAACAACUUCACUUUUAAUCGGUUUAAAAAUAUAUGGCGUAACGAGCAAAUGGAUAACUCAGACACGUUGAACCUGUCGGGCAAAAAACUUAAAAAGCUAAGCAAACCCCAGCUCCACGACUCGCACAUUACUACUCUAAUACUAGAUGAAAAUGAAUUACAAAGACUGGAUAACAUAGACUCUUAUACAAAGGUCCAAAAACUUUCUGCUGUUAGAAAUCAAUUAUUACGGAUGCAUCAAGUUUGCAGAUUGCAAUCUUUACAUACCUUAAAUUUGGCUAAUAAUGGCAUUUUAACUAUCGAAGGUUUAAAAGAUUUGAUUCAUUUAAGAGUUUUAAAUCUAGCAAAAAAUAACAUUAAAACUAUUGAGCACCUAAAUACAAAUGUAAACCUUGAACACUUGGACUUAAGUGAAAAUAGCAUCACACACAUUGUGGAUCUGUCUUUUUUAAAAAACUUAAGGGAACUUUUGCUUCACAAUAACAAAAUCGGCCAUUUAAGGCAAUGCGAUCGUUUUUUACCAACUUCAUUAAUAACACUGACACUCGCCUCGAACAACAUCUCCGAUUUAAACGAAAUCUCACAGCUUGUUAACUUGAAAAAUUUAAAUAGCAUUUCCAUUGCGGGAAAUCCUUGCGUUACAAUGACUGGAAACAAAAUUGGUUUCGAUUAUCGGCCCUUUAUCAUCAAUUGGUGUAUGAAUGUUCAAAUUAUUGAUGGAUAUGUGGUUGAUGCUAUAGAAAGGUAAAAAUAAUUUAGUAUUGAUAAGUUUUUCCUAGUUUACA